UCAUCGGAAAUAGAUGCAUAUCUUCGCUUAGUGCGGAGUGUCGACUGGGCUGCUACAUCGAUAGGUGCUAUCGAUGACUGGCCACCGGAACUCUUAUUGCUGUUUCAUUUGAUCAUCCUGGAUCCGCAACCUAGAAUACUCAUCCUUGGAUCGGACGAAUCACUCCUCUACAAUGAACCGUACGCCGAAAUGAUUGGCGAAAAGCAUCCUGCAGGCAUCGGACGACCACUCAAGACAGUGUUUCCGGAAGUUUACGACAAAACCAUCUCAAUCGUGAAUGAAGUCACUGCCACUGGCAGAGCCUCGACCGAGAANGGCUUUUGUAUGCCUUUGAUGAGACGGGGUCGGAUUUUAGAGAAUCACAUGUCAUGGGUCUUUGUCCCAUUUCCCAGGAAAAGCUCACUUACUGGAACUUCGGUCAUUCUUCGUGAUGAAACGGAUAAGUGCUUGUGGGACAGAAGGCAUACAACAUGUCAUAACUUGGGACUUGCCGUCAAUCUGGCCACAGACAUGUCUUCCUUAUGGGACACUAUAAUGGGAAGCCUAUCUGAAAGAGAACAUGAUUGUCCAUUCGCUCUCCUCUACGCACCUGAGGCUGAUGCCAGGGGGGACGACGAGGUUGUCUUCCAACUGAGAGGCUCGGUUGGGGAUUUCAAGAACAACUCAGUACUUGCACACGUGCUCAACUUGAACGGCACCAGUAAAGAUACUCUGAAUCAAAGUCUGAGCUCAGCCUUGGUAGCCGAGGACCCCUUCCUUCUGACGAUAGAAGAUGGUAGUCUUCCAGAUCCUUGGUCGAAGGCAGCGCUCACACGCGGUUGGGGUGAUGCUUGUAGAGAAGCCGUGAUUCUUCCUCUACAGUCCAAUCGGUACCACAAAGUGAGAGCUUUGUUGGUAUUAGGAGUCUCUACUCGUACUGAUUAUGACGCUGCAUACAAAAAUUGGAGCGAGGAAUUGAGAAGAACAAUUGGAAGCACUAUUCACACGCUCAGGAGAAAGGAGAUCGCAGCCCUGGAAUUUGCUCAACGAGAGAAGACGGCUGACACGAUCAGUCGUCAAUACAGCCAUCUCGUCAAGGUCAUGGAGCUUAGUGAUGUUGGCAUAUUCAGUUGUGACAGGGAUGGCAACCUGCUUGAAGCCAAUGAGUCCUGGUAUCGACUCUCAGCAUUUCCUCGGCAAAACGUACCGGUGCCUGCUUUCUCUUGGCUGGAAUCGGUUUAUGAUGCAGACAAGGAUUUGGUCAUGUCCCAUUGGCACAGCAUGCUUCAAGGGAAACCAGUCACUUAUCAGAUGAGAUGGAAGUGUCCCGACCGGCCAGAGGGAAGGUGGAUUCUGGCUGUGUGUCUCCCUGUCAUGGAUGAAUACGGCAAAGUUGUCAGCAUUGCUGGAUGCACGACCGACAUUGAUGCCCAGAAGAAAGUUGAAAACGACGCCCUCCAAGCACUAAUAGCCCUUGAGCGAGCGAGUGCUAGUGAGCAACGAUUUCUUCGAUUUACUGCAAGCUCUCCAGUAGCUGUGCAUAUUAUGGAAAUGCCCAGCAAAGUGAUAAGUUUUUGCAACAGUGCCUGGUUUGAAAUGCUCGGCAUCACACCUGUGCCAGUUAGCCAGCUAGACUCUUCUUGGACCGACGGUAUCCUCGAACAGGACUUGCCCUUGAUAAGAGACACGGUCCAACAAAUCAUGGCCACGCACGAGCCGCAGACGACGCAAUUUAGAUUCCGCCGCAUGUUUGUCAGUGGUGAUGGACAUCGCUACCAAUCAUGGGGUUCAUCGACUUCUCAUCCUGAACUGGACGACGAUGGAGCAGUCAAGGCUAUCAUGACGACGACAACCGAUAUUUCACACCUGAAAUGGGCAGAAGAUGUACAGAGAUCAAGGGUUGAGGAAGCACUCGAGGCCAAACGUCAAAACGAGAUCCGAAACCCUCUGGGAGCAGUUGUACACUGUGCAGAUGCCAUAGACGAAUCUCUGGGAGAAAUGAGGUCUAUCCUGGACAAGCUGCAAAUCUCUGACGAGGAAGCAGGCCAACGUCUACGUGAAUUGGUUGCGAACAGUGCAGAAGCUGUUCAAAUCAUCACAUCAUGCUCAAGUCAUCAGAAGCGAAUCGUUGAUGAUCUUCUGACCUUGUCCAAACUUGACAGUAACCUUCUACAGAUAAAUAUGUCGACAGUCCGUGCUACCAGCAUCUUGGACGACAUGCAACGCAUAUUCGAAAUCGAGGCUGGUCGCGCUGACAUCGAACUACGGAUUCGAGCGGACCCUUCAAUCAAGGCAAUGAGCGUUGAUCACGUCAUGCUCGAUACAGGACGAGUGCAUCAAAUCUUGAUCAACUUGAUUACCAAUGCACUAAAGUUG